CCGCAAUCAUCACUUCCUCUCUCUCUCAGACAUCUCGAGCCAUCUCAAUCCCGAUCCUCGAGCGCGCGCGUGUCCCCCCUCCCCCGUCAUCACUUGAUCACCAGCCAAAGUCAAAGAAUCACGAGUACGUUAUCCGAGAGAGCAAGCGCAAGCAAUCAUUGGGAGCACCCCCACACACCUUCACCUCACACCUCCCCCUGUCACCAUGCCACGCUCUCCAUCACCCUACCGCCGCCGAAGAUCUCCUUCCCCCCGGUAUCGUGGUGGUGGCAGCGUGGGUGAUCGAUACCGCGGAGACGACUGGGAUGACCGCGACCGCGACCGCGACCGAGAUCGGGAUCGGGAUCGUGACCGUGACCACCACUACCGUCCCGACGGACCCCGGCGACGCAAGCGCGGCGGGCGCCGGGAAAAGGAGAGGCGCGCCGCAGCAGCCAUUGAGGACGAGUGGGGGGCCUACAAUCGCCGACGCCACGACCGGGAGCGCAGCAGCUCCGUCCCGACACCGAGCAGAGCCGGCAGUCCCGAGGAAGGGCAGAUUACAUCUCCUUCGCCUCGACGGGAUCGCAGCCGCAGUCCGCGCCGUGAACGGGAGCGCACUCGCUCACCAUCUCCCCGCCGUGACCGUGACCGUGGGUGGCGCGAGCGCGAACGCGACCGCUCGCCGCGGCGCGGAUUCCAGGACAAGUUCGCCGACAGGUAUCGGGGCGACGACGCAGAGGAAGACGAUACCCGGGAUCGUGAGCGUGAUCGCGACCGCGGUGGAAGGAGGCGGUGGGGUCGCUCUCGCUCUGCAAGUCCGCGCCGACGGUCGCACAGUGUUUCAUCCCACGACUCGCGUCGCUCCAUGCCCAAAUCCGGAGACAACUCACCGCGCCCGACCUCUUCCUCGGCGCCGCGGCGCCCACCGACCGGACCCCGCGCGUAUGGACCCGGCGCUCGCGGCCCGCCAGCCGGGUACGGCGGGCCGAUCGAGGCUGUUCGUCCACCAUGGGCUGCACGCCCACCUGUGCCUCCCGGAGCGCCUACAGCCCCCGCGGCGCUCCUCGUUCCUCCUGCUCCGGUUCCGGCUCCCGUGCCUGUGCCCGUGCAGGAGGAUCCCGAGGCGGCUGCGCGCGCCGAGCUCCCGGCACUCACCGUCUCGUUUGUCGGCGCAUGGGAGGCCGAGCUAGCCGCGCACUACAAAACUAUGGCUGCCGCGCAGGCUGCUACAAACCGUGCACUCGCUGCGCAGCGCGUCGCGGCGGCUGUUUUGGCGGACGCGGAGGCCGAGAUGGCCGCCGCUGCGGAGCGACACAAGGUCUGUGAGGAGCAGUUGGGCGCGUCCAUUAACGCCAUCAUCGGCGUGCAGUAGGUGUAGAGCAGAGCAGAUCAGCCGGACAGAUAUAUGUGCGGGGGAUUGUAAAUGUAGAGGUCCUCACCUAUUAUGGCGUCUCAUCGCUGUAUUUGUAAUGUAACGUGUGCGUAAGUUUCAUGGAGCGCUGAUUGGACCGUGCGUCAACCUUCGACUCUUGCGCUAUAGAUACAGUGUAGCAUUGCGUAUGAUGUAUGCUCAGACUCUCGCU